AAUUUCAGUGUUCAUUUAUUUACACAUUUACACACACAUAACAGUCAUCUACUCGUGGUUGAGUUAAGGGUUGAAUUGUCCAUCUUUGUUUUUCUAACCAUAUACAUGUUCAGUAGAUGGCAGUAUUGUCCUGUCUAAGAGUGGCACAACAUUGCUAUUCGGCAGAUGAACUGCUUUACGGUAGACGAAAACGGACUGCUGUUGUUGUGUGUUGUUUUACCGCGCUGGCAGGACGUUGAUGAAACUGUCUAACAAUAAACCCACAUAAGAAACCAAGAACUCGCCCUCGAUCAUUAUACAGUUAUAACGUCAUUGGGCAGACACGCUCUUUAUACAUGUCACUCAGGUCCGCAUUGAGCUGGAGGGGGCGUGGCCUCCAGCUGCGCCUGAAUUUUGGGAGAUUCUCGGGAGAAAAUUUGUCCGUGAGGUUUCCGGGAGAGGCGCUGAAUUUCGGGAGUAUCCCGGAAAAUCCAGGAGGGUUGGCAAGUAUGUCGCAGGGCCAACACAGAUAGACAGACAACAUUCAUACUCACAUUCACACACUAGGCACCAUUAAUAAAAUAAUAAAUUAAUAAAAUAUGUAUAUAGAGACAUACUGUAAUAACUUGAAGUAAAUAAUGAAGAUUAAAAAACAAUUACCAAAAAAUAUUACAAAAAAAUAAAAUAAAAUAACUAAAGGCAGUCUCUUUUUCACAAUGUGUUGACUUUUUUCUUACAAACUGGGGGACAAUUUCUCAUAUUCUUUCUGUUUCUGUAGUAUUGCAAAAGUGUAAAGUUACUACUUUUUUAAAUGAAAUGAUUAUUUUUUAACGCAAAAUGGUAACAUUUCUCUUAUAAAAUUCCGACUUUUAUCACCAUAUUACACAUUUUUUGUUGUUGUUUGUAAAAUAGUGAAAUUUUUUGAGUAGAAUUAUGACUUUUGUCAUAAUUUUGCCAGGUAAAAAUUCCGAUUAUCAUUAUAACAAUGCCGACAUGUUUAAGUUUUCUUAUAAAAUUGUGACUUUUGUCAAGUAAAAUUGUGACUCUUUUCAUAGAAUGACUUCUGACAUAAUUUUGCCAUGUAAAAAUUCCGAUUAUUAUUAUAACAAUGCCCUGUGAUGAGGUGGCGACUUGUCCAGGGUGUAAGCGCCUUCUGCCCGAAUGCAAUUGAGAUAGGCUCCAGCAUCCCCUGCUCUCCCGAACGGGACAAGCGGUAGAAAAUGGAUGGAUUUUUUUGGGAUUUGACUAAAAUGAGUAAGUCCGAGUAAAUGGCUACAAUGAGCACAUUGUGCUGUGCACAGCUUUUCAAAGUGGCGUUUGAAACAUGAUACUGAUAAAGCAGUAUCGCACCCCAUGAGGUCCCGCCCCACUAUUUGAGAACUGCUGUAUAUGGUGUGUAGUAUGGGUGGUAAAACAUCAAUAUGGCAGAAUAUUGCUGUACGAUAUAAUAUAUACAUAUACAUUAGGGGUUUAACGAUUGAUGGAACACAAGUGUCAUGGUCCAAGUCUUGGACCAUGUCAUAUUCUGGUUUUGUUUCUGUUUUGUUAUCACAGCCUGUUUUGUAUUUGACAUCUUUAGUUCCUGGUUGCGCUUCCUGGUUUGUUUCGGUUGCCUAGUUACGCAUUUAGUGUCACCUGUUUCUGGUUUUUGAUCACGCGCACCUGCCCCUGAUGAUUUCUGCCCCUAUAUAUGCCUGUCUUUGUUUGCCUUUCGUUCUCGGACUAUAGUUUGCCUCACGCAACAGAUGAUGUCUCAUUCCCGCAUUGUGGUAAAGUACUUUUGUUAUUCGUUUAGCUUCCAGGCUAUUUUGUUCAUUUCCUUGUCCCUAGUUUAGAUACUAGCAAUUUCUGUUCUUUCUAGCUCCUAUGCUAAGUUCUGUUGGUUUGUCUAUAGUGCAAGUGUUUUUGUUAUUAGUUUGUUUUUGUAGUCAGAAAUAAAUCUUCAUUCCUACCUUUACGCUGUGUUCCAUCUCCGCUGCACCACAAGAAUGCAAACACACGCCACAAUGCCACCUAGACGUCACAGUAUAGUCCGAGCCAGUAAACGUUCUCUCGCAGCCGAAAUUGAGGCUUUUGAUGUGCAUACGGGGCAGAUAGUCCAAGCGAUGCAGGCAGGGACUUAUUGCCACACGCCAGAGUGGAUCUGGGAGCCUGAACGCCUUCAGGCUUCACCCGACGCCCCUCGGCUCGCUGCGGUCCCGGUCCGCAUGCGUCAGCGAAAGCGGAAGUCACGGAGGAGGACUUCACCUCCCGAUAGUGACGCGUCAGCCCCGCCAUCCCUCUUUCACGGACACAGCCACUUCCAACCCGUCCAAGACUCUUCUCCCAUGUCUGGUAACUCUUUUAUUUAUUCCUCAUCUCACUCUUCCGACUGGCCUGGUAGUCACAGGUACUGCACCCGUGACGUCAGCCCUCUGACGUCACCUGAGCAGAGUGGAGAUGAAGAUUUUUUUUUACAGCAUGCACUCCCUCAGUCGUCCACAGGGGACGUGAAUAGCUCCCUUACACUCCUUAAAGACAUUUGUUUUCAAUCCCAAUAUAAGUCUUUAUUUUCUGAAACCCCUCCAGUUGUGACUUGGCCCCCUUCCCCAGUGACUUUUCCUCCCACCCUGUCUACCUCUUUUUGUUCCUCCCCCCACCCACCCCUAGAGGUAGUUGUAGACCAUGGAGAGAGCGUCUGGCAUCCGCUUGUGGAAGGGGGGGCUCAUGCUGGUAGCUGUGUUACGGAGGUAGCACAGUGGCGUUCAGCCAAGCCUCUUCCUCCACAAAGACCUCCUCCGCCGGUCUUUUGUCCCGUCAAACCGCAGCCUCCUGUGCGUCCUCCUCCACCGGUAUUCCGGCUAGCACCUACUAGGCCGCCUCCACCGGCACCACGGCUAGCACCUCCUAGGCCGCCUCCACCGACACCACGGCUAGCUGUAGCUAGUCCCAGUUCCAGUCCCAGUUCUUGUUUCAGUUCUAGCCCAAGUCACAUUCCUAAUGCUAGCCAAAGUCACAGUUUGAGUCCUGGUCCUAGCCAUGUUCAUAGUCUUAGUCCUUGUCAUAGUUCGAGUCCUGGUCCUUGUCUUAGUCUUAGUCCCAGUCCUAGUUUUAGUCUUGUUCAUAGUCUUAGUCCUAGUCACAGUCGUAGUCCUAGUCCAUGUCAGAUUUCUAGUCCAGGUCUGGAUUACACUCCAGCACCUGACGUCAUGCUGGAUCCCAAUCCAGCACGGGACUUCAUGCUGGAUCCCACUCCAGCACCUGUUCUUCGGCUGAGACCAGUGCCGGCUCCUCGGCUGAAACCAGUGCCGGCUCCUCUGCCGGCUUCUGCACCAGCUCCUCUGCCGGCGUCCGCUCCAGCUCCUCUGCCGGCGUCCGCUCCAGCUCCUCUGCCGGCGUCCACGCCUGACUCGUCUGCUGCGGCGUCCACGCCUGACUCGUCUGCUGCGGCGUCCACGCCUGACUCGUCUGCUGCGGCGUCCACGCCUGACUCGUCUGCUGCGGCGUCCACGCCUGACUCGACUGCUGCGGCGUCCACGCCUGUCUCCGCGGUGGCGUCCACGCCUGUCUCGUCUGCUGCGGCGUCCACGCCUGUCUCGUCUGCUGCGGCGUCCACGCCUGACUCGUCUGCUGCGGCGUCCACGCCUGACUCGUCUGCUGCGGCGUCCACGCCUGACUCGUCUGCUGCGGCGUCCACGCCUGACUCGACUGCUGCGGCGUCCACGCCUGUCUCCGCGGUGGCGUCCACGCCUGUCUCCGAGACGACGCCGCCUGUCUCCACGACGACGCCGCCUGUCUCCGCGACGACGCCGCCGGAUUCGGCUGCAGCGACCGCCCCGUCUUCGCCUGCUGCUUUCGGGCCUGCUUUGGCUGCAGUCCCCGCACCCUCGUCUGCAGCUUCCAAGCCUGCCAUGACGACGGCGCUGAAACGCCCUCCUCCAUGUCGGCCACGUGUGUGGCCUCUACGGGGUCGUCCUCCCCGCCGGGCGCUUCCUCCUCCAUGUCUGCUACGUGUGUGGCCUCUACGAGGGCGCCCCCCAAGACUUUCACGGCAGCGGCGUUCCAUCCGCCGCCGCCACCUGGCUUGUCCUCGGUGGAUUCGUGGACAUGCGACCUGGCGACCCUCCACCGUGUCCUCCCUCCGCCCUCCCUUCAUGUUUGGACUUUUUUGUGUGGGGGGGUUCAUACUGGGACAUCUGGGAUCUGUCCCUUAGGGGGAGGCUUAUGUCAUGGUCCAAGUCUUGGACCAUGUCAUAUUCUGGUUUUGUUUCUGUUUUGUUAUCACAGCCUGUUUUGUAUUUGACAUCAUUAGUUCCUGGUUGCACUUCCUGGUUUGUUUCGGUUGCCUAGUUACGCAUUUAGUGUCACCUGUUUCUGGUUUUUGAUCACGCGCACCUGCCCCUGAUGAUUUCUGCCCCUAUAUAUGCCUGUCUUUGUUUGCCUUUCGUUCUCGGACUAUAGUUUGCCUCACGCAACAGAUGAUGUCUCAUUCCCGCAUUGUGGUAAAGUACAUUUGUUAUUCGUUUAGCUUCCAGGCUAUUUUGUUCAUUUCCUUGUCCCUAGUUUAGAUACUAGCAAUUUCUGUUCUUUCUAGCUCCUAUGCUAAGUUCUGUUGGUUUAUCUAUAGUGCAAAUGUUUUUGUAAUUAGUUUGUUUUUGUAGUCAGAAAUAAAUCAUCAUUCCUACAUUUAGCUGUGUUCCAUCUCCGCUGCACCACGAGAACGCAAACACACGCCACAAUGCCACCUAGACGUCACAACAAGAAGAAGUCAUUUAAUGAGAAAGAAACAAAUAGAAGAGAUGGCUGAAGGAGCCUAUGGAAAUUAGGAAGCGAGGGACAAGGAAUGAGGGAUAAGGGGGUAUACUCAUGCUUCCCCAUACCCGGGACACUGUCUUUCAUUGGCGACGGCAGGGAGGAGAACAGAUACUGUAUGGCCAGAUAGGGGAAUUUUAUUUAUAAGGUAAAUCGACUGUUAAAUGUUAGUUACUGUACUUUUAUUGAACAUUGUUUCAAUGUUUCCUCCUGUUACUUCAACCUGAAGUGUUGGUUGCACUUUAUUCAAAUAAGAUGUGAAUUCAUUGGCCACUAACUGUUUUUUACUUGCUUGUUUGUAUCCAUAGUUCAUUUAUACAUAAAUCCAUUACAACAAAUACAAGGAAUAUAUGAAACGUCAUCUGCAUUGUCAUGUAUCAAGUAUUUAUUUCACAGUCACACUGCUUGAUUUUUAUUUUUAUUUUUUGCUAAAAAAAUACUAAGACGAUCUCAACUCACCAAAUUGUUUCGUAUCGUAUUAUAUCGUUCUAAAAAAAAUGUUCCCUGAAUGGAAUCGCCAACCACAAAAAUUGUUAAAAUUAAUUAGUAUACUCCUAAUAUACAUAAUAUAUACAGUACAGGCCAAAAGUUUGGACACACCUUCUCAUUGAAUGCGUUUUUUUAAUUUUCAUGACAUUUUACAUUGUAAAAUACCAAGCCAAUCAGCUCAUACACUGAAAGCAUCAAAACUAUGAAUGAACCCAUGUGGAGCUAUGUGAAAUAACUGAAAACAUGUUUUAUAUUGUAGUUUCUUCAAAAUAGCCACCCUUUGCUCUGG